AUGCUACCGCACCCCCUCCCCCCUUUUCUUCCUCCACACCCCUGCCCCACCCACGGUAGUCCCUGCAGCAGGGUAUCUGCUGGCGGUGUAGCUGCUGGCGGGGUCUCUGCUGGCGGGGGUCUCUGCUGGCGGGGUCUCUGCUGGCGGGGGUCUCUGCUGACGGGGGUCUCUUCAGGCGGGGGUCUCUGCUGGCGGGGGGUCUCUGCUGGCGGGGGUCUCUCUGCUGGUGGUGAAGCCGCUGGCGGGGUCUCUCUGCUGGCGGUGAAGCUGCUGGCGGGGUCUCUCUGCUGGCGGUGUAGCUGCUGGCGGGGUCUCUCUGCUGGCGGCGGGGGUCUCUGCUGGCGGGGGGUCUCUGCUGGCGGGGGUCUCUCUGCUGGCGGUGAAGCUGCUGGCGGGGUCUCUCUGCUGGCGGUGAAGCUGCUGGCGGGGUCUCUCUGCUGGCGGUGUAGCUGCUGGCGGGGUCUCUCUGCUGGCGGUGUAGCUGCUGGCGGGGUCUCUCUGCUGGCGGUGUAG